GGAUGAGUGCUCAGGAGGAGGAGGAAGAAGAGGGGGAUUUAACGAGAUAGGAGAGGGUCAUGAGGUUAGCUGACUCCUGAGAAAUCAAUGACCAAUUGUAGUGUGUGUGUGUGUGUGUGUGUGUGUGUGUGUGUGUGUGUGUGUGUGUAGGCAGGUAGGUAAGGAGUAAAAUUUGCGGAUCAUGAGUCUAUGUCCUCGUGGGAUUGUCGACUGAGAUGAGCAACUGAGAUGAGCGGAUGCUGCUAAUGAAUGUCUCGGUGGCCUUGCAGGUGAUGUCUUUAAUUGAAUGUCAAGAGUUAAUGUGUGUGUGUGCGUGCGUGCGUCCGUGUAUGUGUGUGUGUGUGUGUGUGUCCGUAGGUGUACGUUCGUGUGUGUGCGUGCGCUGUGCAGGAGGCUCUCUAAGGCCGCCGUCACCUGCCAUCACUUGCCGCGCCAGCCAGUGUGCCUUGUGCCGCCCUCGGGAGCGGACGCAUAGUGCUAGCCGCCGGGGCCUCCUGGUGGGUCGAGGCCGCGUGCUGUGCCGGGCCAGUGUCAGUGCCUCUUAGGGCCACCAAAGGGCGCCAUCACCGGCCGCCCCUCGCUGCCAAAUUAGCGGAAUAUCGAGGAGGAAAAUUGAAAGCGGAAAAGUUUCUUUCGCUGCGGAAAAUAAAAGUGGAGGGAAGAAAGUUUUGAAACACCCCUGUCGUCUCCGGCACCCUGAGUUUCCAUUUCGAAGCAACCGAGUGGAAGUUUCGAAAAAAUGAGAUGAAAAGAAAAGAAAGUCCACGUACAAAAAGUAUACCAAGCAUCUGAAUAAGAGAAGUACGUAGAUAACUUAACGCAGACCUUCCACUGGUUUAACUUCAUCAUCACCACUGCAACUACCACCACCACCACCAUCACCACAACCUUCACUACCAGAACUACCACCAUUAUCUCCAGCACCACGACCUUGAAACACCACCACGAGCAGCAUCACCACCACUAUCACCACCAAGACGACCCUCCACUCAGCACCACGACCACGCCAGGAGGGAGGCACGACUUCCCCCUACGCCUCAAAAAAAAAAAAGUAAACUCGCCUCGUACUAAUAAGCUUGGGAGGGAAAAAAAUAUAUGAUAAAAAAAUUAGAUAAAAAAAAAAAAACAGCCUGGACACGCUUGAUAAGAAGCCAAUUUACGCAAGAGCCGUAAAAAAGUGACCUAAUUUGUGGUGAGAGGGAAUUGUAUGUUGAGGGAGAGAGAGAUGGAGGGGAGGAGGAGAAGGAGAGACACCACCACCUCUACCACCGCCACUACCAUCACCACCACCACCACCACCAUAAGCACCGCCACCAGCAGGAGCAUUAGUCGCAGCGAGAGGGCGGGAAUCUUAGAGCCUUCAGACGCCACCCACAGGUAAAAAGGAGGAGAAAAUAGGAGACUAGACGAAAUAAAUAGCAAAAUAUUGUACCUCCUCAGACAUUGUGAUCUUGUGGAAGGAAAAAGAGACAAUAAAGUGGAAGUACUUUGUGAAGAGGAAGAAAGCAGGAGGCACAGAGACCAAAGGAGAAAGGAACGAUGAAAGGAGAGACGUGAGCGAAGCAAAAAGGGACUCCAGGUGUUAUUGGACUGAAAAAUGGCCGAACGCUGCUGUGCGAAGGCAGAUGACGCUGGAAAUAUAUAGACAAUGAAUUUAUCUUUCAUCUCAGCGGCGGAGAAAAUACAUCUACAGGUUAUCCAGGAGAGAGAAAGAAUGGGGAGGAAAUGGAUAAAACUCCCAAUGGAAUAGUCCCCGGGCAUAGAUAAUUGAAACCUUAACCAUUUUAUACAGUGCGUAGAUAGAUGUAGAUGCGAGUAGAUAGAAAGAAAAAGUUAUAUACGUAGACUUAACCAAUGGAAAUACUACAACCACACGUACUCGCGCACACACAUAUCGAGAGACAAAACCCCGCGUAAUCUUAGAAGGGAUAGACUGCUCUGAUCCGACGCCGAGCUGAGCACCGCCCCGACGGCAGCCACGUGAGACAGAAGGAUCAAGCUGGUAGUGUUGCGUUCUGAGGAGCUGCCGCCGCUUACACACCUGCAAACAUACCUGCCGGGAUGAUGUGCAGCAGUGGAGCAGCUCUCACCCUCUCCCUCACUCUUCUCUUCUACAUCCGCUUCGUCGUCUGCCAAGAGGACCACAUGUGGUCGGUGACGGGCGUGGCGGGGCGAGCCAGCGACCUGCCCUGCUACCUCAACCCUCGCACGCCGGGGGACAGACCCAAGCUGAUCCUGUGGUACAAGAGGGGGAUCCGCACGCCGGUCUUCAGCCACGAUGGGAGGGUGCCGCAGAUGAGGUCAGACGUGAACCAGAAUGGGGGAACGUUGACGGUGAGUAGAGGCGCCGCCACACUCACGCUGCACAACCUAACGCUGGCCCACGGGGGAGUGUACGAGUGCCGUGUGGAUUUCUUCAAGUCCCCCACGCACACCAACUUCGUCAAUCUUACUGUAGUGGAGUCUCCGAGCAGCGUGGAGGUGGUGGACGGGCGUGGCGGGCGUGCGAGGGGCGGGGUGCUGGGACCCUACCUCGAGGACUCAUCUCUCUCCCUCACCUGCAUCGCAAAGGGAGGCUCUCCACUCCCUAAUGUAACCUGGUGGCGGGAGGACCGGUUACUGAGCGAGAAGUGGCACCUGAAGGCUCCGAACCAGGUGGAGAACGAGCUGUGGGUGGAGAAGCUGACGCGGGAGUGGAUCAACACGUCCCUCACCUGUGUGGCCGCCAACACGCACCUGGCCAACCCUGUGUCCGUCACUGUCAAGGUGGACAUGUAUUUGUUGCCAACGAGUGUCAUAGUGAUCAACCCCGGCCCAGCGAGGGAAGGGGAGAAGAUGAGACUACUGUGCACCUCCACCGGAUCGCGUCCUUCCGCCAACCUCACCUGGACAGUACGAGGAGUGACCCGCUCAGCACAGAAGGAGAACAUGGUUUACGGCAAGAUGACAAGCUCCACCCUCAUCACCAACCUGACCCGCGAGGACCACAACACCACGGUCACCUGCUCGGCCACCAACCCCGCGGCGCCUGACCAGCCCCUCGCCAACUCCACCUCACUUAUCGUCCACUAUCCCCCUACAGUGAACGCCUCCCUUGGGCGGUCCCUACGGCCAGAGCUGCUGAAGGAGGGCGAUGACGUGUACUUCACCUGCUCCGUGGCCGCCAACCCCCCCGCCACCUCCAUCACCUGGUACCAUAAAGGCACGCCGCUGGUGCAGAACGUGAGCGGCGGCAUCAUCCUGUCUGGGAACUCCCUGGUGCUGCAGGGCGUGGGGCGGCAGCAGGUGGGCCGCUACACAUGCUCCGCCAUCAACCCUCUCAGCUCUGCCACCAGCAGCCCCGUCACCCUCAGGAUCAAGUACAAGCCUGUGUGUCGCACCUCCCCCACCACCUACUUCAUCUACGACAAGCCCAUCAACGUGACGUGCUCCGUGUCCUCCUACCCCGUCAAGGCGAUACAGUGGCAGUGGAACAGUAGCAACGACGUCCUGAGCACCGUGAUCACCGGGGAGGAGGAGGAGGAGGACGACGACGAGGAGGAGCCGCGGGUGUGGGCGCAGCUGACAGUGGAGCCAACGCAAAGCCGCGAGGACCGCACGCUCACCUGCUGGGCUGUCAACGAGAUGGGCAAGCAGACGACUCCCUGUGGCUUCUCCGUCAAGGUUGCCCAGACACCGCUGCCACUGUCGUCGUGCCGCCUCGCCAACAUCACCGCCUCCUCCCUCAGCCUCACCUGCCAGCGCCCCGACGUGGACGCCGUGGGCACCACCCACUACAGGGCCGAGGUGUACUUCGAGAACAGGACGCUCUUCGCCAACGUCACCUCGGAGCGUCCAAACUUCAACGUGAGUAGCCUGGACGCGGGCACCAGCUACCAGAUCAAGGUGUACGUGACGCAUGGUCCCGUCACCUCCCAGCCCGUGGUCGUGUCCGCCUACACCUCCCGCACCUCCAGGACCCCUUCAGACUCGAGAGGCGGCGGGACUUCGGUAGGGAAGGUGCUGGGCGGGCUACUGUUGCUGCUGCUGAUCGUGGUGGCCGGGGCGUGGGUUCGACACCUACGGCGGCGGAGGACGGUAGCGGCAGGCGAGAGGAAGAAGCACGAAGUCAAGGUUCCUUCUGACGAAACAAAUCCGGAUGUGGUGCCUACAGCUGUGGAGGACACGUUCGACCUCCUGGCAGCCGGAGCAGCUAAGUCUGAGGUGCCCAUCCUGACCCCGGUGUAUGAGGCGGUGGCGGCCACGCUGUCAGAGGGCAUGGUGCGGAAGUCCAUGGCGUCGGCUGAGGUGUACCCUGCGGUGCGGGGGGCGGGGGAGGGGCCAGGGCACCGCCGCACCGCCUCCAGAGAUGCAGACGCGGCCCUCCUCCAGCACCAGAAAGGCUCCAUUGAGAACCUGCAGGACGUGAGGCUCCAGCAGAAAGGCUCCCCCAGCAGCUUCCCCAGGGUCAGGCUACAGGAAGAGGCGGUGGACUUCUCUGGGGGCAGGAUGGACCCCAGGAUGGGCCCCGAUGACUUCCCCAGGGUGAGGCUCCACCACAGCCCAGAGCCCGCAGACUACAUGGAGAGGAGUCAUCGGCAAGGCGAGACUCCCGAGGACUUCCCUAGGCCGAGGCACAUCGAGGCCACUUCCCCCGAGGACUACAGCACCGUCAGGCUCCCCAGCAGGACUUCCGAAGAGUACAGGGAGGAGGGUCGCCGGGAGGAGCUGUACUGCCCCGUGGACCAGCUGAUGCAGGCCGCGGAGACCGUGGUCUGAGUGGUCUACGCGCCCCGCCCCUCACUUCCCAUCCACUCCUCCCAUCGCCGCACCAGGAAGACUGUCACUUAAAGAGCCUCAAGUUUGCAGACGAACUUCAGAAAACAUCUGCUUCCCUUCCCUUGACGUCCCCUCCCCCUGUCCCCUUCCCUCCUCAAGGUAUACGCCAAUACCUGUCCCCUCCCCUCACUCCCCAAUCCCCCUCCUCUCCUUCCGUUCCCUCCCCCGACCCCUCCCCUGUUCCCUCCCCGCCAGCGUGCUCUGUAUUGCUUGCUGUCUUGAAAUAAAGCAUAUAUAUAUUUU